AUGUUUGGGGGCCUGGAUCCUUCUGCCAUCCUCAAAAAGAAAAGACUUCCAUCGGCUUCUGAUGAUGAGAAAGAUAAAGAUGAAGGUCAAGAUGACAAACCAGCAGAUAAAGAAGAGAAACAAACACCAGUGAAAGAGGAAACACCACAAGACAAAUCUCCAGUGUCCAAAUCUCCAAAAGCUGGUGGGUUUGUAUUGUCU